AUGUGCCUGUGCUGCCCUGCAGAGGCGGAGGGCCGCAGACUGAAGGGGAUCCAGCGCAGCACAGAGACAGGGCUGGCGGUGGACAUGCCUAGCAGGACUGUCCGGCAGGCCAGCCACGAGAGCAUCGAAGACAGCAUGAACAGCUACGGCUCCGAGGGCAAUCUGAACUACAGUGGCAUGUGCCUGGCUUCAGACGCCCAGUUCAGUGACUUCCUGGAUGGGAUGGGUCCUGCCCAGUUUGUGGGCAGGCAGACGUUGGCGACCACGUCGCUGGGCGACGUCGAGCUGGGCCUGGUGGAGAGGAACGGGGGCCUGGAGGUGGAGAUCGUUCAGGCCCGAGGACUCACCAUGAAACCUGGCUCCAAGGGACCCCCAGCUGCCUACAUAAAGGUGUAUCUCCUCGAGAACGGGGUGUGUGUGGCCAAGAAGAAGACAAAGUCGGUCAGGAAGUCUCUGGACCCGCUCUACAACCAACUGCUCAUCUUCUCAGAGAGCCCUCAGGGCAAGGUGGUGCAGGUGAUCGUCUGGGGAAACUAUGGACGCAUGGACCGCAAGUGCUUCAUGGGAGUGGCCCGCAUCCUAUUGGAGGAGCUGGAACUGAGCAACAUGGUGAUUGGCUGGUACAAGCUGUUCCCCACCUCCUCCAUGGUGGAACCUGGGAUGGCUCCUCUGAUUCGCCACUCCUCCCAGCUGUCCUUGGAGAGCACUGUGGGCCCUUGCUGUGACCGGUCCUGAGGAUUGUGGGAAUUGGAGUUCUCUAACCUUCUCUUUGUGCCCCACCUGCCCCUCUCCCAUAAUGCAUUGCUUUGAGCCUGGGGGAGACAUAACUGAUCGUGACCUUUUCUAGAGCAGCAGGUGUGAAGGGGCAGGGUCGUUCAAGGAUGGAAACACUUCCUGGACCCAUAUAAGGACUUCCUGGUUUCAACUCAACACUUAGGAUUGUUUUCCUGCCACGUCAGGUGCAGUGCUUAGGUUUGACAGUAGGGGGCAGCACUGUGGGUUGGAAUAAUUGGAAGCUGAAGGGUUCUAUCAUUAUGACUUCUGGCAGGUUCUAUUUGAUUCUGUGUUCUUUUGAUAGUUCCAUCUGUAACAAUGGUAACUGUUGCCACGGCAUUGGGGCCAGGGUAGGCCCAAUCAAACGACCCAGACAUCUGAAUAGUAACAGAAUCAGGAGAAAUCUUUUAAACGGUUAAAGGAACAGUAAGAUAAUCCUACACAGGAGUGGUUUUGAUCUUCUAACUGUUGUUUUGUAGAAACCUAAUGUUGUCUUAGAAGCUUGGCUAUUGUUUGAAGAGUUCUACUGUGCCAUCUACCAGCAGUGUCUUUAAUGUGUAGCUGGUAACCGAGUUGUUGAAUGAGGAAGGACAUGGGGCUGUUGAAGGGCCCCAAUUGACACGUUCCUCGUAAUUACCGUCUUGCUCCCCGGACUGUCAGCAGAGCCAGUGAUUAACAAGUAAUCUGGGAAGACAAAGAGGAAGUG